GCAGCCUUCCUGAUUCUGGAGCCUGCCAGAAUGGGGCCCCUGAGGCCCAGCCGAGGCCCUGGGGGGCGACAGUUGUUGCUGCCCCCUGUGCUGCUGACACUGUUACUCCUGCUGGCUCCAUCCCCAGGCUGUGCCACUCGGGUGGUGUACAAGGUGCCGGAAGAACAGCCGCCCAACACCCUCAUCGGGAGCCUCGCAGCUGACUAUGGUUUUCCAGAUGUGGGCCACCUGUACAAACUAGAGGUAGGUGCCCCGUACUUGCGGGUAGAUGGCAAGACAGGCGAUAUCUUCACCACCGAGACUUCUAUCGACCGCGAGGGACUCCGUGAAUGCCAGAAUCAGCUCCCCGGUGAGCCCUGCAUCCUGGAGUUUGAGGUGUCUAUCACGGACCUUGUGCAGAACGGCAGUCCCCGGCUGCUUGAGGGCCAGAUAGAGGUACAGGACAUCAAUGACAACACACCCAACUUCGCCUCACCGGUCAUCACGCUGCCCAUCCCUGAGAACACCAACAUUGGCUCACUCUUCUCCAUCCCAGUGGCUUCAGACCGUGAUGCUGGCCCCAAUGGUGUGGCAUCCUAUGAGCUGCAGGCCGGGCCUGAGGCCCAGGAGCUAUUUGGGCUGCAGGUGGCAGAGGACCAGGAUGGGAAACAGCCUCAGCUUAUCGUGAUGGGCAACCUGGAUCGGGAGCGCUGGGACUCCUAUGAUCUCACCAUCAAGGUGCAGGAUGGUGGCAGCCCCCCACGUGCCAGCAGUGCCCUUCUGCGCGUCACCGUGCUUGACACCAAUGACAACGCCCCCAAGUUCGAGCGGCCCUCUUACGAGGCUGAGCUGUCAGAGAACAGCCCCAUCGGCCACUCGGUCAUUCAGGUGAAGGCCAAUGACUCGGACCAAGGUGCCAAUGCAGAGAUCGACUAUAUGUUCCACCAGGCGCCUGAAGUUGUGAGGCGUCUUCUGCGACUGGAUAGGAAUACUGGACUUAUCACUGUGCAGGGCCCCGUGGACCGUGAGGACCUAAGUACCCUGCGCUUCUCAGUGCUUGCCAAGGAUCGAGGCACCAACCCCAAGAGUGCCCGUGCUCAGGUGGUGGUGACUGUGAAGGACAUGAAUGACAAUGCCCCCACCAUUGAGAUCCGGGGCAUAGGGCUGGUGACCCAUCAAGAUGGGAUGGCUAACAUCUCAGAAGAUGUGGCCGAGGAAACAGCUGUGGCCCUGGUGCAGGUAUCUGACCGAGAUGAAGGAGAGAAUGCAGCCGUCACCUGUGUGGUGGCGGGUGAUGUGCCCUUCCAGCUACGCCAGGCCAGUGAGACGGGAAGUGACAGCAAGAAGAAGUACUUCCUGCAGACCACCACCCCACUUGACUACGAGAAAGUCAAAGACUACACCAUCGAGAUUGUGGCCGUGGACUCUGGCAACCCCCCACUCUCUAGCACCAACUCCCUCAAGGUGCAAGUGGUGGAUGUCAAUGACAAUGCACCUGUAUUCACCCAGAGUGUCACGGAGGUCACCUUCCCAGAAAACAACAAGCCAGGUGAAGUGGUAGCUGAGGUCACUGCUAGUGAUGCCGAUUCGGGCUCCAAUGCUGAGCUGGUUUACUCUCUCGAGCCUGAGCCGGCUGCCAAGGGCCUCUUCACCAUCUCACCUGAGACUGGAGAGAUCCGGGUGAAGACAUCCCUUGAUCGGGAACAGCGGGAAAACUAUGAGUUGAAGGUGGUGGCCGCUGACCGGGGCAGCCCUAGCCUCCAGGGCACGGCCACCGUCCUCAUCAAUGUGUUAGACUGCAAUGACAAUGACCCCAAGUUUAUGCUGAGUGGCUACAACUUCUCAGUAAUGGAGAACAUGCCAGCACUGAGUCCAGUGGGCAUGGUGACAGUCAUUGAUGGGGACAAAGGGGAGAAUGCCCGGGUACAGCUCACAGUGGAGCAGGACAAUGGUGAUUUUGUUAUCCAGAAUGGCACAGGCACCAUCCUCUCUAGCCUGAGCUUCGAUCGGGAGCAGCAAAGCACCUACACUUUCCAGCUGAAGGCGGUGGAUGGUGGGGUACCGCCUCGCUCAGCUUAUGUUGGCGUCACUAUCAAUGUGUUGGAUGAGAAUGACAAUGCGCCCUUUAUCACUGCCCCUUCCAACACUUCCCACCGGCUGCUGACCCCCCAGACACGUCUUGGUGAGACAGUGAGCCAGGUGACAGCUGAGGACAUUGACUCUGGUGUCAAUGCUGAGCUGACCUACAGUAUCGCUGGUGGCAACCCUUACGGACUCUUCCAGAUUGGGUCCCAUUCAGGUGCCAUCACCCUGGAGAAGGAGAUUGAGCGACGCCACCAUGGGCUGCACCGCCUAGUGGUGAAGGUCAGUGACCGUGGCAAGCCCCCGCGCUAUGGCACAGCCUUGGUCCACCUUUAUGUCAAUGAGACCCUGGCCAACCGCACACUGCUGGAGACCCUGUUGGGCCACAGCCUAGACACACCGCUGGACAUCGACAUUGCUGGGGAUCCGGAGUAUGAGCGCUCCAAGCAGCGUGGCAACAUCCUCUUUGGCGUGGUGGCUGGCGUCGUGGCUGUGGCCUUGCUCAUCGCCCUGGCGGUGCUCGUGCGCUACUGCCGGCAACGGGAGGCCAAGAGCGGCUACCAGGCUGGGAAGAAGGAGACCAAGGACCUAUACGCCCCCAAGCCCAGCAGCAAAGCCUCCAAGGGAAACAAAAACAAGGGCAAGAAGAGCAAGUCCCCGAAGCCCGUGAAGCCAGUGGAGGACGAGGAUGAGGCCGGGCUGCAGAAGUCUCUCAAGUUCAACCUGAUGAGUGAUGCCCCUGGGGACAGCCCCCGCAUCCACUUGCCCCUCAACUACCCGCCAGGCAGCCCUGACUUGGGCCGCCACUACCGCUCUAACUCCCCACUGCCUUCCAUCCAGCUGCAGCCCCAGUCACCCUCAGCCUCCAAGAAGCACCAGGUGGUGCAGGACCUGCCGCCUGCAAACACGUUCGUGGGCACUGGGGACACCACGUCCACGGGCUCUGAGCAGUACUCUGACUACAGCUACCGCACCAACCCCCCCAAAUACCCCAGCAAGCAGUUACCUCACCGCCGCGUCACCUUCUCCGCCACCAGCCAGGCCCAGGAGCUGCAGGACCCAUCCCAGCACAGUUACUACGACAGUGGUCUGGAAGAGUCUGAGACGCCGUCCAGCAAGUCAUCCUCGGGGCCUCGACUUGGUCCCCUGGCUCUGCCUGAGGAUCACUAUGAGCGCACCACCCCCGACGGCAGCAUAGGAGAGAUGGAGCACCCCGAGAACGACCUGCGCCCUCUGCCUGAUGUUGCCAUGACGGGCACAUGUACCCGGGAGUGCAGCGAGUUUGGUCACUCCGACACGUGCUGGAUGCCUGGCCAGUCGUCCCCCAGCCGCCGGACCAAGAGCAGCGCCCUCAAACUCUCCACCUUCGUGCCUUACCAGGACCGAGGAGGGCAGGAGCCUGCUGGCGUCGGCAGCCCCAGCCCCCCAGAAGACCGGAACACCAAAACGGCCCCUGUGCGCCUCCUGCCCUCCUACAGUGCCUUCUCCCACAGUAGCCAUGAUUCCUGCAAGGACUCGGCCACCUUGGAGGAAAUCCCCCUGACCCAGACCUCGGACUUCCCACCCGCAGCCACACCGGCAUCUGCCCAGACGGCCAAGCGCGAGAUCUACCUGUGAGCCCCCUUCUGGCCGGCGGCCACCCCCUCGCCCAGCUGCCGGCCAGCUCCCACGUGGGUCCAUUCCAGGGCCCCCACUCCUGACCCCUCCAGCGUGGACUUCUUGGCCAGAGCCCCGAGUGGGGGCGAGUACUGGCCUCAUGACCACGCUGGCCCUUCUCCCGUGCAGGGUCCAGGUCCUCUCCCCUCACUUCAGCCCCCAGGGAGCCCCUUCUUCCCCUUUCUGGGGCUCCCUCAGCCAGUGCCCAAGAGGGCUCUUCUACAGUGACUGGCUCCUGUCCUUCGACUUCCAGGGAGCACUCCCUCACUUUGGGCAGAUGGGGGAGUCAAGGGUGGGCAGCACACUUUUUGCUCAUUGUUUCCCCGCAUGGCCGACCGGAGGCGGGUAGGAGGCCCCAUUCCAGCACUGAGGCAGGGCUAAGCUCGGGAGCGCCUCUCCCUGGGAACUCCCAGAGGAAACUCUUGACCACCGGGGGCUCCCCGAAGGGCUUUCGUUACCAAAGGUGGGGUGAGGAUGGGGGUGAGAGUGGGGCGGAGGCCUUGUUUUCCCUUCCUACUCCUGGGCUGGCCCACCUGCCCACCUCAUGCCCAUGCCUGUCCCAUCUGGUCCCCCCUUCCCUGCUGGUCAUGCAGUGUCUGUAUAUAAGGACCUUGGAAUGAUGUCCCCAUUUCUGCCUGAUUUGCAACUUUUCUUGUUGAUAUUGUGUUGUCUUGGGGGACCCCUCUUGGGGGGACCUGCCCUGUGCCCCCUUCUCCCUGUCGCAGUGCCCUCCACCCCAGGCCUCUAUUGUUCCAUGUUGUAAAUACCCCUGGGGCCGUGGUGGGAUGGGGGUGCAGGCCAGGGAACCAAUGGGUGGGUGGGGGUGGGGUUGGGGGGAACAUUCGCCUAUCAGCAGAGCUGGGCUUUUAUUUAAUUUUUUUUAAAAAUA